AUGGCGGUGUAUAAUAAGGAGCACGUAGAUUAUGAUUGUCUAGAAUACCACUGGAAGUUGAAAUUGUUAAAUGAACAGGGGUUUUGGUUCAAAAUUUUGGAAUCUAAGUCGAAGAAGAAAUUAGGUCUUUUGAUUCGGGGAUUGUUUGAACAAAUUGAAUCAGUGAAAACUGAUAUUGAAUCAGUGAAAACUGAUUCGAUAGGUUUGAUUCUUAAGCUUUUUGAAGCUGAAGGCUUGGAUGAGGAAGUCAAGAGGCAUUUCUGGGAGGAUUUGGAUGAGAUGGUGCGUGGUAUCCCGCAUACCGAGAAGCUUUUCAUAGGAAGGAAUUUCAAGGGCCACAUUAGAGUGAUGUAUGUGGGGUAUGAUGAUGUGCAUGGUGGCUUUGGAUUUGGAGAUAGAAAUGGAGGAGGAACGUCUCUGCUACACUUUGCUAGAGCAUUUGAUUUGGUGAUAGCAAAUUCGAGUUUUCCAAAGAAGAGGGAGCACUUGGUCACCUUUUGA